AUGAACAACGACAUGCGGUUAGGGCUUGUGAUUAGGCCACAAAGCACACUCGUUGACUUAUGGGAUCAGGCUGUGAAGGCGUGGCCAUCACGGCGCUUUUUAGGAACGAAGAUGUGGGUGCGUGGCCAGUUGGGGUAUGUGUGGGCGACGUAUGAGUCGAUCGCUGAGGAAGUGGCGGCGAUGCGCACGCUCCUGCACACGAUGGGCAUUGAAAAGGGGUCACGCAUCGUCGUCAUCAGCGAGAAUCGCUAUGAGUGGGUGGUGGUGCAUUUCGCCGCGCUGCAGCUGGGCGCCCACUUCGUGGUGCUGCCGACCAACGUCACCCCGAUGGAAGCAGAGCUGGUACUGAAGAGCACACAGGCCAAGGUACUGUUUGUCGAGGCGACGUCGUCGUACGCUGCUGUGAAAGGGUGGAUAGGUGAGGUGGGGCAGCUGCAGCAUGUGUUCUGCUUUGAAGACCAAGUGGGCGAAAGCAGUUACGCAGUCGCAAUUAACAUUGCCGCAGACGUACCGGAGAAAACUCCCCCGCGGAAAGACAUCACCGCGGAGGAUACCGCCAUGAUUAUGUUCACAGCGGGUACAACCGGACCACCAAAGGGUGUGAUGCUUUCGCACCGAAAUUUGGUGGCGAAUGUCAGCUCUGUCUACGCCCACCUCGGCGAGGCGCUCACACAUACCGAUUUGUUCAUGUCGCUCUGCUCCUGGUGCGUCGCUGGUGCCCUCACUGCAGAGCUGUAUCAGGCAAUUUGCAAGGGGGCUUGUGUCUGCAUCCCGCCUGAGCAACUGGAGGGAUUCCAGGACCUGCCACUGGUACGACCUAGCGUCAUUGUCAGUGUGGCACAGCCGUUUCAGAGGGCCUAUGCCAAUAUCGUGGACAAUAUCAUGAAUCGCAGCAGCACCGUGAAGGAUAUGACGCGAUUCACACUCGGUCGCAUCACAGAAAAUCGGCUAAUGCUUCAAAAGCCUGGUUUUAUCCUGCGUGCUGCCUCUCAUAUGCUGUUGGGGAAGUUUAAACAGCAAUUUGGAAGCGAGCUUCGCAUUGUUUUUAUCAUUGGCAGUCAGCUGACGAGGGAUCAGGUGGAACUUCUGGCAGACUUGGACGUUUUCACCGUAAGCACAUACGGCUGUCUCGAGGCUGGGGGCCUCAUUGCCACUGACAUUGACGUGCCGCUGCGUCUUAAGGCACUUCCAGGCGUGGAAGUGCGUGUUGUGAACGAAAAGAAUGAGAUUAUCGCCCCUGGUGACAUCGGUGAGGUACUAGUGGAGGCUCCACACGCGAUGCAGGGCUACUUCGACGUGAAUAUCGACCCCGAGGAGGUGAAAAAUUCACUAGUGGCUUACGGUAGCAGGACGUUUGUGCGGACCAAUGACUACGGCUCGGUGACAGGCGGCUGGAUGACGAUCAAGGGAAGCAAGGAUAUCCUCAUUACUCUCACCAACGGCGCAGUGGUGGACCCACUGGAGGUGGAGGCGACACUCAUCAAAAGUCCCUUCAUCAAGCAGAUCUUUGUACACGGCAACAACCGUCCCUAUCUUACCGCGCUGGUGGUGCCAAACGCGAAAGCCAUUGCUUCACACCUGCGAAAAGUGGAGCGGCGCGACGGUGUACCUAUCGUGAGCGAGCGUGAGAAGGCGGAUUGUAUUCGUGCUGAACUUCGGCGCGCGUCACAGGGCUUGCCGUCACGUGCACACGUCCGUCGGUUUGCCUUCAUAGAGGAAUGCACCCUCGCGAACGGUUUCAUCACAUGCAAAUACGGAUUUUCGCGCCGAAGGAUUGAAAGCCACUACGUGCAUUACUUCAGCGCUUUGUACGACGAGACACCAAAAUUCUUCGGGUACGCUGUCGACGACUACGACGAUCUCUUCUAA